GCACGCGCAUCUCAGGACAGAGGAUAGGGCAUCUGCAGAGCUCGAGACGCUUCUGAGCGGACCUGGAAUGACGCCAUGAGCUCGCAUCGUGUGUGAUGGAGGUAAUGUUUUGAUAGGAACCGCUACCGUAGGCUGAUGUGGCGUCGCGCGAGGAGCCCGAACACGACCAUGAAGCUGCUGUUUGUGGUGACAUUCUUAUGGCGCGAGGCGUUGUGCGGAUCUCCGAGCGUCCAGAUCGGUGGUUUAUUCCCCAGGGGUGCAGAUCAGGAGUACAGUGCGUUCAGAGUUGGCAUGGUUCAGUUUGGGAUGGCAGAUUUCAGACUGACUCCACACAUAGAUAACUUGGAGGUGGCCAACAGCUUUGCCGUCACCAACUGCUUUUGUUCCCAGUUCUCUCGGGGCGUCUAUGCCAUUUUCGGCUUCUACGACAAGAAGUCGGUAAACACCAUCACGUCCUUCUGUGAGACACUACAUGUCUCCUUCAUCACGCCGUCUUUCCCAGCAGAAGGAAUGAAUCAGUUUGUUCUCCAGAUGAGGCCGGACAUCAAGGGACCGCUCAUCUCAUUAGUGGAGUACUACAAAUGGGAAAAGUUUGCCUAUCUAUACGACAGUGAUAGAGGUCUGUCUACUCUUCAGGUAAUACUGGACACUGCAGCAGAGAAAAAAUGGGUCGUCACAGCGAUAAAUGUGGGAAACCUCAAAGAUGAGCGGAAGGAUGAAGCCUACCGCUCCCUGUUUCAGGACCUGGAGAUCCGUAAGGAGCGACGUAUAAUCCUGGACUGUGAACAAGACAAAGUCAAAGACAUCAUGGAGCAGGUGAUCACUAUAGGCCGGCAUGUGAAAGGAUACCACUACAUCAUAGCAAACUUGGGUUUCGUAGAUGGUGACCUCUCCAAAAUCCAGUACGGAGGUGCCAACGUGUCGGGCUUUCAGAUAGUGGACUUUGACGAUCCUGGGGUGGCAAAGUUCGAUCAGCGAUGGGAGGCACUGGAGGAGAAGGAGUAUCCUGGAGCUGACACACGCAUCAGAUACACCUCCGCUCUCACAUAUGAUGCUGUCCACGUCAUGACUGAGGCGUUCCGCUUCCUUCACAAGCAGAGAAUAGACAUGAGUCGUCGUGGCAACAGUGGAGACUGUCUGGCCAAUCCAGCAGUUCCCUGGGCACAGGGGGUGGAGAUUGAACGUGCCCUCAAACAGGUGCGUGUAGAUGGCUUAACAGGGAACAUUCAGUUUGACCAGUACGGGAAGAGAAUCAACUACUCAGUGACGGUUAUGGAGCUGAAGAACAAUGGACCUGUUAAGAUUGGCUAUUGGAAUGAGGUGGAUAAAAUGGUGGUGACAAAGUCCGACCUUUACCCCAACGACACCAUGGGAAUGGAAAAUAAAACUGUCAUCGUCACAACUAUUCUGGAAGCUCCAUACGUGAUGCUGAAGAAGAAUGCAGAGCUGUUUCAAGACAACGACCGUUACGAAGGCUACUGCGUUGACCUGGCAGCAGAGAUUGCAAAGCACUGUGGGAUACGCUACCAGCUAAGGAUUGUGGGAGAUGGCAAAUAUGGAGCCAGAGAUGCCGAAACCAAGAUCUGGAAUGGCAUGGUUGGAGAGCUGGUGUAUGGGAAAGCAGACAUAGCAGUCGCUCCUCUGACCAUCACUCUUGUUCGUGAAGAGGUGAUCGAUUUCUCCAAACCCUUCAUGUCUUUGGGAAUCUCCAUCAUGAUCAAGAAGCCGCAAAAAUCCAAACCAGGAGUCUUCUCCUUCCUGGACCCAUUGGCCUAUGAAAUCUGGAUGUGCAUUGUCUUUGCCUAUAUAGGAGUUAGUGUUGUACUCUUUCUGGUGUCCAGAUUCAGCCCCUAUGAGUGGACGCUAGAGGAGCCAGAGGACGGCGCGUUGCCACUGACAACUGAAUCCACCAAUGAGUUUGGGAUCUUUAACUCCCUGUGGUUCUCUUUGGGCGCUUUCAUGCGGCAGGGUUGUGACAUCUCACCAAGGUCUCUGUCAGGUCGUAUUGUUGGAGGUGUGUGGUGGUUUUUCACGCUGAUCAUAAUCUCAUCGUACACUGCCAACCUGGCUGCCUUCCUGACAGUGGAGAGGAUGGUUUCUCCCAUCGAGAGCGCUGAAGACCUGGCUAAACAGACAGAGAUUGCGUAUGGAACCCUGGACUCUGGAUCCACCAAGGAGUUCUUCAGGCGCUCUAAAAUCGCCUUGUUUGACAAGAUGUGGCAGUACAUGAAAUCGGCAGAGCCUUCCGUCUUCGUCAAGAAAACAUCAGAGGGUGUCUUGCGUGUCCGGAAGUCCAAAGGGAAGUACGCCUACCUGCUGGAGUCCACCAUGAACGAGUACAUUGAGCAGAGGAAACCCUGCGACACGAUGAAAGUGGGAGGAAACCUGGACUCCAAAGGCUAUGGCAUCGCCACGCCCAAAGGAUCCCCAUUAAGAGUGCCAGUAAACCUUGCCGUAUUGAAACUGAAUGAGCAAGGGACCCUAGACAAGAUGAAAAACAAGUGGUGGUACGAUAAAGGAGAGUGUGGCUUCAAGGACUCCACCAAUAAGGAAAAGACCAGCGCUCUGUCCCUCAGUAACGUAGCAGGAGUCUUCUACAUCCUGGUUGGAGGUCUGGGUCUGGCCAUGAUGGUGGCGCUGGUAGAGUUCUGCUACAAGAGCCGUGCCGAGGCCAAAAAAAUGAAGAUGAAAUUCACAGAUGCAAUGCGCUCCAAAGCUCGUCUAUCCAUCACAGGAUCGACCAGUGAGAAUGGUCGUGUCCCGGUGGCUUACCUCCGUCCAGGAUUACCCAUGAGCCUCAGCAUGACUGAUCUCUCCUGACCACACCCGAGCCAGUGCCUUACAGCCAAUCGACACACAUCCACCCUUCCCCUCUGAAAGUGAGUGGAAAUGCUUGUCAUCUCCUUUCGGUGACCGAUUGCCACUCACCGUGGGGUGAUCUGCCCCGCUUUACAAUCUGGAGUUUAGCCAAUCAUAUCUCUCUGAGGACUCCUGAUCUCGCUCUUCAACAUCUAGCCUAGAAAGACUGGACAGAUGUUGUCCUCCCACCACUUGGCUGUCAGGCUUUAGCAAAGACCUGCCCACCUACGAAGUGAAUCACUUGACCAUCAGCGAGAAAGAUGGCAGGUCAUUUACAAAUUCAUAAAAAAAACAAUCAAGCACAGUGGACAUUUUUCUAAACAAACACACGUCGUUGUUUCAUAGAUUUUUGCCAUGGAGGCUGUAGAAAAUAAGGACAAAGAGUGAUGCAGACGUUAACGCAAUAACUACACGAAUCAGGGAUGUGAUCAGGAAUUGUGGGUAUGGAAGCAGAGUUGUGCUUGAAAUGAGUUCUACAAAGUGCUACGAAGAAAAACUGAAGUCCUGAAAAAUCACAUCCAUGAAAUACUAGUAAUUGUGAUAGCAGAUAAUGAUAAUGAUGUUAUUGUUAUUAAUCGUUUUCCUUAUUUCUGCCUGAAAAUCCCUAAUUAGUAGAGACUUUAACCAGACCCAAGAGAUGCAUGGACUGAUACACACACACACACACACACACAAAAUGAACACAUACACUAUACACAGGGAUGGGCAAAAAAAUGAGUCAAAAUGUAUGUUGAUACACCAUAAUUUAUUUGAAAGGCCCUUUGUGUAGGAUGUGAGCAUUUGUGAAUUUGGUGCCACCUAGUGGUAGCAUCAAAAAAUAUCAAAUAAAUGCAUCUCUGGGACGCUGAGAAUAACUGGAUUGAAAGCAAAACAUAGACAGCAGCAGUUUAUAAUGAGAUUGACUCACUUUUCAACAAAAAACACCAAUAACAAUAGUUAUAAAGACACUAAAAUCCUACACUGUGGGGCUUUUCAUGAUAAAUUAAUAAUGAUAAUUAUUAUUAUUAGAACUUUAUAUCUAUAGCACCUGUAAAAACAGAGUUUACAAAGUGCUUUAACAUACAAAGCAAAGUAGAAGCAACAGGGUUUCUUGCAGAGAUGACAUAACAAUACGUGCCAAACAAUAAUGCCAAACUAAGGCCAGACAAAAUUUGAAGCAGAAUUAAAUGAGGCUCAAUUAAAAAACUGGAAUAACAGUAAUCCAUACUAAUAAGAGUAAAUACAAUUCAAAUAAUGUAAGCAGUAAAGUAGGAAAUAAUAGCACUAAUAAUAGAAUCAAACAAGCUCAGGACAGAAUGAAAGAAUAAAUCAAAAGACAAACAAAAGUAGAUGAA